AACAAAUCAAAAUAAAACACUUCUGGAAAGUAUCUAGCGUUCAAAAUUAGUCAGUUUUCGAAAUUUAACGGUGCAUUGACGACAGAAACAAUGGGCAAUGUCAUCGGCGUGGAACAGGCUGGUUAGACGAUUUAGAAGGCUCCACAAGCGAAAAUCAACUUUAACCACUCUUGGAAGACGCAUUGUUUCCCAAAAACAAUAUUUGGCUUUGAUGCAAUGUUUGGAUUAUCUAUCAGAAAUAUAGAUAUCUCCUAUUUCGGCUUGUUUCUUUCCUCCGGUAAUUUAACCAGUCUGGAUAAGAUCUAUCAACAAAUUGAAUCCGGCAACCCAAAUUUGAUUGACAUGCUGAAUGAACUUUCUUCCCCGAGGGAGUGCGCCAUGGCCACGCAUCGGUUCAUUCGUUCCUACAAAAUUUUGAUCCUGCCGGAACGGGCUCUAAAUAUUCUGUGCGCAGCCCGAAACGAAGGAAUCCCCCGACGGCUGGUGGCCCUGGACGUUCUUAAUUUGGUUCAUCACGAACUUUCGGGACCGAAGCUGGAAUUUGCCCGGGCCUAUCUGCAGAUGAUGCAGCAUCUGACCCUGCGAGGUUAUCUCACUCCAACGGAAAUUCGAAUCGUUAUCAGCCCCUAUCUGGCCGUACCAGCUCUGUUUCCCGGAAGGAAUUCUAUGCAAUUUAUUGCCUCCAAGUCGGCCUGCCUCAUGGAGGUGUUUUUGAGCACCCAUCUGUUGGACAAUCCUGAAGCUCUGUCCCACGAAUUGGCCACCGAAACGCGUCGCUUUGAGCGGAAACGGCGAGAUAGGUUUGAUGAUAAAUAGAGAAAACAUUGAAAUUUAAAACAAAACAGCAAAUAUUUACAUAUUUUAAUCUGCUAGGGACCUUGCCAGGAGCAGAAAUAUCAUAGGAUUCAACAGCUGGAGUUUGUUAGAAGUAGGGUUUUUUACAAGGGUUUUUUUGUCGUCCAUUAGAUAUCAUCUGUCUCAUUGCCUUGGUACCGACUAUACAACUAACGAGCUCUGUAACUAGCAAAAAAUUUUGUUUGAGAUAAAGU